UUUUUUGUUAAUAAAAAUGAAUGGUGAAAAUAAUGGAGGAGAAGGAAUGGAUGAAGACGAACACCCUUCACACCAACAACCUCAACUUUUGUUUCAAGAGGACAGCGGACACCCACAAGAACAACCCGAAGUUUUAUUUUUAGAAGAUGAAUAUGAACAAAAAUGUGAACCUGAAGGUUUGUUUUUGGAAGGAGAAGAAGAGGGGACGUCGUUAAACGAUCAAGUAUUGGAGGAAGAAAAUAAUAAGGGAGAAAAAGAGCAAUCUUUAAUUGUUGACAAUUCAAUAGAGAGGAUAGAAGCGCAUAAAAAAGAUGUUUUUUGUUUGUCUUUAUCAAAAAAUGAAAGAUGGUUAGCUAGUGGUUCUGAGGAUGAUACAGCUGCAGUUUGGGAUACAAGUCAAAAACCUCUACGUCAACAUUUACAUAUUGUUGGAAAACAUGUUGAUUCUGUCCAUUGCCUAGCUUGGAAUUGUAGUAGUGAUUUACUCGCAAGUGGAGAUAUGUCAGGAAGGAUUGUUUGCACUCUUGUGAAGGAUUCUAUUGAAAUUGAACCAUCUACUUUAAUAAUUGAAGAUUGUCAAUCAACAUCUGAACAAAAACAAAUGUAUGACAAUCAAGAAGAGGAAGAACAGGAAAAUAGUUUUGAACAUAUUAGAUGGCUUUUAUGGCAUCCUUCAGCUAAUGGAAUUCUUUUUGCUGGUUCGGGUGAUGGUUCUAUUUGGAUGUGGCUUGUAAUUUUGAAUGAGGCUAAUUGUUUAAAUGUUCAACAAUUCAAGAAUGCUGUUUGUGUAAGUGAAGUUAAUUUGCCUGGGUCUUGUACUGGUGCAAUAGAUUUACAUUUAUCUGGGAAUAUGGCAGCUUUUGGUUGUUCAAAUGGUCAAAUAGCUUUAGCUACAAUUAAUUUGAUUGAUCAAAAACUUAAAUUAAUUCAUGUAUUUACUACUUUAAAUAAAAAGGAAGGAGAAGAAAAUGAGGAGGAGGAAAACAACAAAAAUAAUUGCAGUGUUGAGUGUAUAAAAUUUUUUCCUGGAAAUUUUCCUUGGUUGGCUGGUGGUAUGGCUAAUGGAAAAUUAAUUAUUUUUAAUUGGGAACAUUUAACUGGACGUUAUGAAUUUUUUAAUGAAGGUAAGGAGAUUUUAUAUUUUUUUUUCUAUUAAAAAUGGAUGCAGGCAAGGUAUCGCGGGGUCGUUCCGAUAUGGUUCGAUGCGCCUCGAAGAGCUUAAUAGAGAACCAUACAAAAGGGUGUCCCUGAUUCGGCAAUUCUGAACGAAGUUGUAGUUUGGCUUUGCCUCAUGGUACCUCGGGGUGUACCCAAAAAUUUUCUUUAAUUUUUUUGAUGAAUAUUUGUUUGAAUUUGGAGUGGUAAAUGGUAAAAAUAAAUCCAUUAAAAAAUUAAGUCUAAAUUUUAAAAAGUAAAAGAAGGCGUCAAGAGAAUUUUCUGCGAAAGGGAUCAUAUCUGACCUGUUGAGAGCAAAAAAUAUUGUAAAGGAA